GUGGGGAAAGGUUAAAAAGCAUAUUUAGAUAUAAUGAAAUUGUUUUUCGUGAAAAUGCAAGUACUUCAACUCGAGGAUACAUUUUAUUUGAAGAUAUUGAUGGCCAAUAUAAGGCAACAUUUGGUUGA